AUGUCGCAUGCGAGGGAACACAGACGAGUCUACCAGGCUUGCGAGCCUUGCAGGGAGAAGAAAGUGCGCUGCGAGCUAGGAUCGGCCGAUUCGCCCAACAAGCCGCCCUGUGCACGAUGCCGCAGAGAGAGCAAACACUGUUUCUUUGCCGCGUUACGGUCAAGAAAAAUCGCUCAUCGGAAAUCGCAACCCUCUUCUCAAAAUCCUCGGACCCAACAUGCUACUUUUUCUCCCAAUUCGAUAUCAUCAUCCGGAAAUGCAACUCUCGGGCAGGGAGAAAGGGAAAUAUUACCGGGAGAUGGGAGAGCUGCAGCUGCUUUGCUGGAAGGUCACCCCCGAACCUACCAUGAAGCAUUGACACUGCUCUCGGAAGCUUGCGAGCACAGUGAGGCUCGAAAGAAUUCCGCUGAUAGCUUACUGGCAAAUGAUCCACAUAUCACCGAAAAUGACACCAAAUCUCCCAUCGGCCUUCAAGCUCAUCCAACUGCUACCCAACACACUAAUGAGGCAUUACGCGCCUGGUCCAAUCUACGAUUUGUCCGUGGCGGGCUUUUCACAGCAGAGGAAGCACUCGAUAUGGUCGACCAUUUCUACACCUUCCAUGCUGAAUUUUCACCUGUUGUCCCGGAACACUUUCGAUGUCAUUCUCAACACGCAAUUUUGAUUGAAGAGGAGCCCGUUUUGACAAUCACUUUAUUGAUGAUCGGGUCGAGAUACAGAAAAUGGACAGGACCAGCUGCAGUCGCGCGUUCUUAUAUUGUUCAUGAUCGGAUUUGGAGAUAUCUACAGGGAAUGAUUUCACGAUUAACUUGGUCGGAAGACUUGUUUGUUGGUGAAUUCCGUUCGCUCAACGGGCCUCGUCCAGCAUACACAGACAGUUGGUCCCAUGGGUUCCGCACAUUGGGAACAUUGGCAUCCACGGGCGCUUCACUUCCCCCGCCCGAUGAAGAUACUUCUUCAAUAACGAUUCCGGAGUUGAAAAAAACGCAGAAAGGUGCUGGUAGCCGUUAUUACGGGCCUGGGUCCGGACAUGACUGGCUCGCUCGAUCGGAUCGCUUAUGCCAAUCUAUGCUUUCUACUGUUUUCAUGCUGGCGGCUGAGAUGGGUAUUUUCUCAGAUCAUGAUAUCUUCUGGCAAGGUGAUGCUGCACAUGAUGAUAUCUGUGCUGGUCGGGAACAGGAGAGAUUCUACCGUAUUAGGUGCUUGAUAUGGGUUUACGCGACUCAGCAGCCGGGUCGACCAGGACGAAGGAAUCCGACACAGUGUACUCCCACUACGAGUCCCUGGAUUAAGAAUGACGAUGCGACGGAAUGCUGGAUGCGCGUCGCGACUAUUAUGAAAAAUGCGAACGACCUUCUCUUUGUCUCGCCCCAAUUUACCAGUGAAAUAAUUCUCAGUGGAAAUUAUCUUGAGAUUGUUCGGGGCCUCGAACCAUCACUGACCGAAUCGCUCAUUGAGUUCGACCAUGCAAAGUUGGCCAAGCAAACCCGAAAUAUCUUGAACAUCGAAUACGACUAUACCCAGCUCUGUAUUUUCAGUCUUGCUUUACAAGCCGCGAUUGAUCGAAACUCCUGCGAUAGUAGAAAUGACACACCAGGAGGUUUUUCACAAUGCGCGUCAGCGAACUCGGAAGAAGAGAAGCAUCUUAGGAGAACGGUCAAAGCUUCCCGCAGUAUCCUGAGAACAGUUCUUGACGAUCUACUUCCUCAUGGAAGUCUGAAGUAUAUUCCCGUGCGAUCAUACUCCAGAUUACUCGGUGCGACUUUGAUUCUUCUCAAGUGCUGCGCCGCCGGAAUAAAUGAGAUUGAUAUACCCACAUCUCUCGAUCUUGUUCGUCAAGUCGCUGCUGGUCUUCGCACCUCUGUAGUAGAUGAUACCCACUUGAGCAGUCGAUGGGGCGACCUGCUCGAAAGCCUCGCUAAUAGACUGGAGUCGCGCCUAGCCCAACCAGCCACGUCUAGAAUUUCUGGUAUGAAAUUUACACCCGAAGCCUCUCGGGCCACUCGUGAAAUACGACCAUCGAGAGUACAUCAUACCCUUAGAGAUCUACAGAAUCAUGCCUACCUUCCACUGAACGAUCGCUCAGAUGUCAACGCUUCAAAUUCGGGAGAUGCCAAGCGUGAUACACAGUUUGAUGCCUGGUCAACGUGGUGGGAUGAUCAAUUCUCCGAGGUGAACCUCAAUUACAUGCCAUGGUUUCCUACUCUGGGGCUUUUGAGUGGGAGUGAUAUUCAGUUCUCAAACGAUGCGGCUGGUGGUGCUUUUGACUCGGAACAUACCAGUAUAGGUCAUCCGUGUUGA